GAGCAGCUCAUUUCAAGACAAUGAGCAGAUUGGCGCAAACCUUUCUACUUUGCUGCUCCGAACAGCGAGUCGGCAGUGCACUCCAUGCCGAUGGGUGCACAUUCUUUCACCUCGCCUUACUCCGGACAGCGAGUUGGCAUCGCCUUUCAUGCUCAUUGCUACGAUUUCUUUCACUCUGCCACUCCGGACAGCGAGUCGGCAGCGCACAUCUUGCUCAGUGCUACGAUUUCUUUUACCUUGCCACUCCGGACAGCGAGUUGGCAUCUCCUUUCAUGCUCAUUGCUACAACUUAUUUCACUUUGCCACUCCGGACAGCGAGUUGGCAGUGCACUUCAUGCUGAUUGCUUCUACUUCUUUCCCAUUGUCACUCUGGACAGCGAGUCGGCAGAGCACCUCGUAUCCAUGGGUGCAGAUUCUUUCACCUCGCCUUACUAUGGACAGCGAGUUGGCAUUACAUUUCUGACCUAUGGCGUUGUUUGCCUUACUUCACCGUGCUCGGGACAGCGAGUUGGCGGUGCACUCUAGACAGCAAGGAAGACGGUGUCCUUCCGUGGUGGAUUUUUGCUCUACUUCCACUUCACCUCGAGUUCCUCUCGGCUUGGAAAGUGGGGGACUCAUGAUGGAUACCCUGGACAUGGGGUAUCCGGACUUUGUAUAAU